GCCUUGUAGAGAGGGGCAGGAGUCACAGUCCUGAACAGACUGCAGUUUACUUUCACUGUGCUCACCAAGAGGCUCGCGACACACUCUCCUCUCCCCCUCGUGUGCUUUCUUCCAGCGGUUUGACGCAAGACCUGGAGGGGAAGGAACUUCCAGCACAGAGAAGUAAAACACACAAGAGGACAGCUCAAGAAAAAGCCUCCAACAGGCAGCCAUGAAAGACAAAGUGAGGAGAGGGGGAGGAAGAAAUCAGGCCAAGGCUGAUGUAAUCCGCCUGAAUGGUGGAAAGGAUGCCAUUGGUAUGAAGCAAGAGGAGGACACAUCGUUCCCUGUGAAGAUCCAGGGGGCAGGAGUCGAGCCAUUUGAGCUGCAGGUCCACGGAUUUUGGCUUGUUCAAGAUGCAGUAAUGGCUCUGCUUUCGAGGGAUGAGGUGUGUCCACGUUCCAGCCUGUCACUGGCACUGGCUGGCACGACUCUGGAUCCCCUCGCAGAGCUGCAAAGCCUCAAAGGACUGAAACCAGGAGCCAUCCUUCGCCUGGUGGAAGAACCCUACACCGCCCACUCAGCCCGGCUCCAUCUGGCUCGUGUGCUGGAGCUGCUGAGAGCAUCUGGACCUCAGGAUGCACUGAGAGAAGGACGCUCACCAAGCAUACUGGAGACACUCACACAGACACAAACACCAGACUCUGGUUUACACAAUGGGAAGAGCCUGAAACGCUCUUUAAGCAACACAAAAACAGAAGCAACCAACCAGGACACAGCUCCUCCUGAGUACCUCCUCCCUGGUUCCUCAGAGAGACCGCUCAUGGCCCUGCUGCCACAGAGCUCCCACCCAGAGGCCCCCAGCUACUUGAAGGAUGUGUCUCUCAGCUGCUGGAACCCACCUCCAGGACAGAGGAAGCUGCAGGGAGACUUCACGUACAUCACAGUGGUGACAAUGGAAGGACGGCGGUGUGAUAUCACAUCCUGUCCAAAAGGCUUCUUUCUCAAUAGGUCUACAGAAGACGUGUUUGAUCCUCGUCCUGCACAGUCUUCCCCAGUUUGUCACAGUUUCACCGACCUGCUCUGUCACAUCAGCCCUGCCUUCAAACAAACAUUCACCACACUCAAAAACAGGCCACAAUCACCUCCAGUAGAGGUGUUGCCCACUCCUUACCACACUCUGAGCUGGCUCGGGCCCCCUUGUGCCUCUCGCACUCACAAAAACACCUUCAGCAGACUGGGAGUGGAUGAACAGCCAGCAACACAGGCUCCAGACUGGAAUGAGGAGUUGCAAGCAGCCAGAGAUCUUCCACUUGGCAGUCUGGAGGAGAGGCUGCAGAGAGACAGGGCACUGCUCCAGGUAAACAGUGCGUUUGUCAGGGCUGUGAUGGAGGGGGCAGAGACUGUUGUAGAUGGCUUUGUGGAGCCAGUGAAUGGAAACCCAGAGGACCCGGCUUUCCUGUGGGGUGGCCUGUUCAUGAGCCAGGGGGCAGCAAGUGCGAUGUUUGGUGGAGAAAGGGGUCGUAGGGCUGCUCAGAGGCUGGAACUUAAAGGAGUUCAGGCUUACAACAACGUAGAGGGGCUACAGGGACUGCACACUCUACCUACAGCCAUUGUAGACUACAGAGGAGUGCGCCUGUCUGCUCAGGGUCUGGCCCCUGGCUUGGAAGGCUCCGAGCAGGACCAAGAAGCCACUCCUGCCUCAAGAGGCUUGCUGUAUGGGGUAAAUGCAGGACCCCAGGAGUCCCCCCAGCGCAGACGGCUACUAGAACUCUUAGCUCAUGCUGCCAAGUCUCUUUGUCUCCAGAGAUAUAGUAUUGUGGCGCCCAACGGUCACCAAGUACCACUAUUCACCUCGAUGGAUGCUCAGGGACUGUUGGGGGCUGAUGGGAGGUUCUACAUACUGGAUGUGUUCAGGACCUUCCCAGCUGAUGCCAACUUCUGUCAAGAGGCGGAGACAGAAAGUCAGACAGUCAGUGGAGAAGAUGAGAGCAAUAAAAGCUGCGAGGAGAACGAGGAGAAGAAGGGUUGUGUAAAAGAAGGUUGGCCAGAGAAUUAUCACUCAGACUCUGGGUUGCCAAAGAGCUUUGUUCACGGACUCUGCAGGCUGAAGCCAGAGCUGGUGCAGGCCUUCAUCCAGCACAAACAUUGCCAGUUUGCUCAGCAUGUCCGGGAGACGUUGGACAAGAAUGGAGGCUUUGAAGAAUGCGCAACAGCUUGUGACUCUCGAGCCACAGAGGCAGUAAGAACUGCUUGUAAAGAAGUGGGCUCAGUUAGCGACAUCAUCUUUGAGAUGCGCUUCAACUCAAGUGUGUUCACUCCAGGAGUGUCCUUCCCUCCUGCUGAAAGUAAGUCAAGGAAGCUGCAGGAGAGGUUACUGAGGGAAGCUGCUUCUUUCAUCAUCACACACCAGAUACCGGGCUUUGUGGAGUAUUGCCUGCAGAGCAAUGAGGCACCAAUGGAUGGAGCUUCUCUAAAACAGGCGCUACACCAGAGAGGCAUCAACCUCCGGUAUCUGGGCCAUGUGAUCAAGACCAUCAGCCAGUCAGAUCGCAAGGAGGGCCUGAGGCAUAUAAUGAGAUUGGUCAUAGGUGAAAUUUUCAUCCGCUCAGCAAGACGUGUGUUCAGCAGUUUCCUCCAGGGUGUGGACGUGCCGAGUCUCUCUGCAGCUGUCAGUCACUUCCUCUGCUGCCUAUUGGUUCCCCACUUCACACCCACUUCUGUGGUGGAAGAGACUAAAAAGAAGUCAAGGCGGCGUGGCCGUGGAGCUGGGGCCUCUGAGAGCACGCCCUGGAGCACGCUAACAGGGGCUGAGCUGUGGAACCUGGUCUGCCAGGAUGCUGUUGAAGUAUACAACAUCGCUGACAGCCUUGGCUGUGGUCCAAACUAUCUGGUUGAGCACUACGGCCUUCAGAAGAUCUCUUUACUGAGAGAGUUCUGUUUGAAGACAGGAGUACAGUUGAGACUGAGGGACUACUUCCUUGACAACCAAAAUAAAGCUCCCAUUGGUCCAGAUGAUGUCCUCAACAUCUUCCCUGUUGUCAAGCACAUUCACAUGCCAAUGGUGGAUGCUUCAAAAGCCCAUCGUGCUGCACACACCUCCAUUCAGAAAGGUCUGCUGGAUCAGGCCCAUGAGCACCUGAAAGAAGCAGUCUACCUGUUUGGCAGAGUGUGCGACGACCUGAACUCCGAGGCCUGCUAUUGCCACAGCCUGCUGGCCAAGGUGGCCUUCCUGCAGGGGAAGGCAGCUGAGGCUCGUAGUGUCCAGCUGAAAGCAGUGGUCAUCAGUGAGAGGGUGCUUGGCUUUGACCAUCCAAACACUAUCCAGCAAUACGCCUUCUUGGGUGUGUAUAUGUUUGCUGGAGGGGAGACUGCCCUGGCCCAGAAGUGUCUCCUCAGAGCUCGUUUGCUAACACUAACCGUCCACGGAGAGGACCAUCCCUUCAUCGCAACACUGGAUAGCUGCCUUGGGCUGGUGAUGACAGGAGAUCAGACAGGGCAGUACUUAAAGAACGCCCUCAAACUCAACACUUCCUUCUUCGGCCCAAUAAAUCUGCACACUGCUCUCAAUCAGCACCUGUUAGCCCAGUGGAUGUGCAGCAAGGGCGACUACCGAAGUGCAAUGACCCACGAGAAAGAGGCCCUCACUGCUUUUACCAGCAUGCUUGGAGAGGAUCACUCUCAGACACGCUGCAGCAAAGAGUUUCUGUGCACCAUAACCAAGCAAGCAGUGAAGGUGGAGCGCUCUCUCAGACAGGCAGGACCUGACUGCACAGAGCAAGCAGUGGAGUGUCUUAAUCCUACAACUGAUACUUUGCUGGAGCAGAUAGUUCUGGUCUUGGGGAUCAGGAGGAUUAAUCAAAGUGACAAGUUCCAGGAGUAUAAGCAGAAACACCUGGAACUAAAGGCAGCAGUGGCAAAAGAACUGGGAUUCAACAUAACCCCGGAGCUGGUCACCUCAGAGACUGUGGAUGGGGGACAGAAAUUCUCUGAUCAAGAAACAGGAUGCAGGAAGGAAGGUGAAGACAGAGGAAGCCCAGCAGUGGAGAAUACCAGUGAGAGCCAACGGGAGCAGCCAGUGGAAGAGACCUUCAUUUCAGCUAACGGUCAUGCAGAGGAGCCAGCUGAACAAAACCAGCAUGAGGACAGUGACAGAGCAGCUUCAGAUGCUGAGGUCAAGAUAGUGAAUGGGGAGUCAGAGGUCAGGGCUACAGGAGAGGGAAGUGAGACCAGCACAGCCAAUGGGGAGAUAAAAUCUGAUGCAACAGCUGAUGAGAUGAAGUCAGAGUCAGCUGAGGUUAAUGGUGAAAUAAAUGGAGCUUUGGACAUCCCCACUAGCCCCUCAGUCCUUAAGAGUAAGGGAACCUGGGCAGAUGUUGUCUCAAAAGUUUCUGUUGUCAAUGGAACAGGAGACAAAGACACAGCAGUCAAUGGAGUGGCAGAUAAUGUCUCAGCCAAUGGAGUAGCUGAGGAGUGAAAACAUGUCAAACAGGAAAACAGUGUUGUAGUCAAGUUUUUCCAAGUCACUGCGUAAGAUAAAACCCUCCCAGGAUCCUAGAUGUAAUUUGAUCCAAUGAACAUGAAGCAGAGCAAAGGAUAACUGUAAGAUGCUGAGUAUUAUUUUGUGUUGGAGAUGGUGCUGACACUGGGAGAGGGCUGUAGCUGUAAGUGCUAUUUUGUUUUUUCAACAAUAAACUUUUUACUCUGGUUUAUCA